ACUUUGCUUCGAGUCCAGGAAGUGUGACAUGUUAGCCAGCUAGCUAGGAGAGUCACGACUGAUUAAGCCGCUAUCUUGGGAAGUAGGCACAACAAGGGGAUUAAAAUUGAUGAUUUAAUUUAAAAAUGAUCUCCAGAAUUGUUUUCAAAGAUGUCAUCCAUAGGUUUAAGAAUUUUAUGCCACAGAUCAGCCUCACUAGUGGGAUUGUGACUGUGAUCAUCGUAUCCUGCGCAUUAUUUAUCGUGAUCUCACAUUUCAGUUUAGCACAGGAUGUAUUCAGUCUUGGGACUAGUGCUUUUGUCAAUGGGCAUGUACACAAGCUGCUUACAUACUCCUUCCACCACAAGACCAUGAUUCAACUACUCCUCAGUGUAGGGGUUGUGGUGCCCCUAGGCAGUAACAUUGAAAAGAGUUUGGGGACUGUCCACUUUAUCUUCCUAUUUCUACUACUCUCUACCAUCACCGGGGUGUUGUACACUACACUACAACUCAUUGUUUUGGAUACAUCCUUUCAAGACCAGGUGGAAGGGUUGGUCCCUAUUUCUCUAGCCUUACUCAGUGUGACUACAAUGCAAUCCCAUAUGACCAAGGCCUUCCUAUUUGGGGUCAGGGUGCCCACGUUGGCUCUGCCAUGGCUGUUUCUGAUGAUCAUAUCACUACUGGUCCCACACACUGUGUUCCUCUGUAACAUUGUUGCCAUUGCAACAGGGUGGAUCUAUGGCAAAGGCUGGUUCUCUAUGUUGGACAUGUCUGAAGCUAGGGCGUCAAUCCUUGACAAGAAGAUGCCUUUCAGACUGCUGAGGAACAUUGGCGUCCUGUACAUCCCAGCAUCUGUGGAAGAGAAGAAGAAGGUUGUUCAUCCUCGAAUCACCCCAACCCCAGGGUCCUAUCCAGUCCAAGCCUAUGCUCCAGUCUCCACUCUCUCAAGCCUCCAGGCUACAGAGGCCACACCAAAGAUGUAUGAAGGCUGGCCACACUCCUCGUACACUCAAUAUAGUCCUAUUCCACACUCAGCCCCACAUGGACACAGCCACGGAUAUGCCCUGGCAUAUAACUUUGGGUUUAAUAACGGACACAGUCACGAGCAUUGCCACGGGCAUGGCUGCAGUCAUAACCAUAGCCAAGUGCAUGGACAUAGUCACGAACAUGGUUUUGUUGACAGGAAUAGUCACGGUGGCAGGGAUUCCUGUUCUCAACAUUCUCAUGUUAGCCCAAUGAAUAUGCACUCAGGUCAGCCUGUUGGUUAUCUACCUCAUCCAGAUACCUUUUCACUUUUUCCAGAAAGUGAUUUAGCACCAACGUCUGUGAUGAUUGACCCAGUGGCACCUGUGGGCUUUUCGGGCUAGGUAGACUCAGGGCUAAAUUGUAGUUGAUUGAUAUUUCUUAUUUUGAUGCUGUAUGUGGAGGUAAUGAGUGUAGACAAAAUGGGUUUUCAGGCAUUCUAGGUUUAAGGCUAGAAACCCCUCAAAGACUGGAUUUGUAAUGUGUGAUUUUUCUUUGUUUGUACAACUCUCAUAUCAUUAUUUAUAUUAAAUACGCAAGAACUGUU